CUCUCGUCAGUCUCUCGCUGGGAGUCGAAGGCGGCAACCUCGCUCGACGCACGGUGCGUGCGUGCGUGCGCUUUCCAUCUACGUGUUUGUGUGUGUGCGAGCGCUCGCCGGCAGCGAACCUGUGUCGUGCGUUUGUGGGUGAAUGUGUUUCUGUAUGCCUCGUGUCUGUUGGUGCGUUUUCGGAUUGGUCCUGGAGUGCUUCCCCCCAAGUGUCAGUGAUGCCCAAAGUGUUUAGUGCCAUGGUUCAGUGAUCCCCAGUGCCAGUGAGUGUCCCUCGUGUGCGUGCCAGUGGAGUGUGUUGGUGCUUAGCCCUCCGCGCCACCGCGGCCCCAGGGGCGCCCUAGCCCCCGGGCCCCCACGGCCGUCAACAUUCCCGAAGCUGGGCGCCACCCCCACGCGCCCCACGCGCCCCCAGAGGCCCCUCGCGCCGCCGCCAUGCUCAACAGCUUGAUGGACUCGGGGGCGGGCCACGGCCACCACCACACGGCGCACCACCUUGCCUCCAUGGGGCUCAAAAUGAGCCCGCCGCCCAUGGAGCCGGCGACCUCGACGGCGUCCUCGACGCCGUCCUCCACGUCGGCGGCGGCGGCCGCGGCUGCCGCGGCGGCUGCAGGUGCCAUGCCGCCCGACCACUUCCAGAGCCCCGCCUACGGCCACCAGAUCCCGCACCCCGGUUACGCCGCCAGGGAUUUCUUGCUCAGGAGAGAGCACCACGAGUUCGGCGGUGGAGCUGCCGGGGCCGCCGUCGGCGGGGACCCGACCGCGGCGAUGCUCUUCCCAACGGCCCUGCACCACCAGGACAACCACCUGACGGGCCACCACCACCAGUCGCUGACGAACCACCCCCACCUCAACCCCCACCACCACCACCAUCACCAGAUGCGGCUCGCGGCCGCCGGCAUGGACGCCAUGUACGGCCACCGGGACCCGCACCCGCACUCGGCCUACCACCACCACCACCACCAGACGUCGCCCUACCACCCGGCCGCCGUGUCGGCCGUGUCGGCCAUGACGGCGCACCACGCGGCCGCCGUGUCGGCCGUGUCGUCGGCCGUGUCGGCCAUGUCGCCGCACCACCACGGCGCCUUCUUCCGCUACAUGCGGCAGCCCGUGCGCCAGGAGAUGUCGUGCCAGUGGGUGGAGCCGGACGCGCCGCCGCCGCGCAAGCAGUGCGGCAAGCUCUUCAACUCGAUGCACGAGAUCGUGACGCACCUCACGGUGGAGCACGUCGGCGGCCCCGAGUGCACGUCGCACGCCUGCUUCUGGGCGUCGUGCCCGCGCAACGGCCGGCCCUUCAAGGCCAAGUACAAGCUCGUCAACCACAUCCGCGUGCACACGGGCGAGAAGCCCUUCCCCUGCCCGUUCCCCGGCUGCGGCAAGGUGUUCGCCCGCUCCGAGAACCUCAAGAUACACAAGCGGACCCACACCGGUGAAAAACCCUUUAAAUGCGAGUACUCUGGCUGCGAUCGGAGGUUCGCCAACUCGUCCGACCGGAAGAAGCACUCGCACGUCCACACAUCCGACAAGCCCUACAACUGCCGGGUGGCGGGCUGUGACAAGUCCUACACGCACCCGUCGUCGCUGCGGAAGCACAUGAAGGUCCACGGCUGCUCUGGCGGGUCCGGGUCAAGCACGUCUGGCGGAAAGUCACCGGUCCACGGCGGCUACGACUCGGACGGCGAGGAGUCCAACAGCUCAUCGGCGGGCUCCAUCAGUGUGGCUGGCGGCGCCGCCUCGCCGCCCCUGCCCUUGGACGUCAAGUCCGAGUACAAGCAAGAGUACAAGUCCGAGUACAAACAGGAUUACAAAGGUCCCCACCACGUCACGGCGCACACGGUGCUCACGCCGCCCUCCAUGCACCACCACCAGCAGCCCAUGCUGCACCAGCAGUCGUCGCAGCAGCCGCCGCCCACCUCGCACCACACGCAGCACGCCCAGCAGCAGCAGAAUCCCCAGUCAUCACAGCAGCAGCAGCAGCAACAGCAGCUGCAACAUCAAACCAACCUGUCGGAGUGGUACGUGUGUCAGUCGGCGGCCGGCAUGCCGACACCCCCGUCAGCGGAGCACUCGCCCGUCAACCCCCUGAACCACCUUAGCCACCUAACGGCACCCCACCACCACCACCUUAUGCACCACCAUCUCAACAGUGGGGCGGCCACGGCCUACUGACCCGGCACCGCCUGACCGGCCUUACCGGUAGAGACCGUUCCUGCUGUGAUUGAAUUAUUUGUUGGCAUCGGGUGAAGAGUUAUUUUCGUUGUACCUGUUUUGUUUUAGGUUUUUUUUUUUUCGUUUAAGAGUGUGUGGAGAGAAACAAAGUAUCUUGUCUUUAUUACUUGUUAUUUAAUUGUAUUAUCUGGAGCACUCCUCGUCGUAUUUCUGACGGAGCUCUCCAAAAGACUGCCUCAACCAAGCGUUUCCUAGUUUUGCUGCUGUUUGUCUGUGUUUUUCAUGUUUGUUUGCAUUUCAAAUAAAAAUUUUGCCCUCUCUUUCAUUGAACAGAAAAUAAAAAACAAGGGCAGUUGGCUCAUUAUAACAGUGGUUUUAUGUUGCACGAAUGAACAAGAUCAUUUCCCGAUGAACCACCCUUCUUAAAAUAGAUACAGUAUAAGCGCAGAUAGCAGCAGCUAAAGAUGACCGUGAGGUGAUUUGUAAUUCCUAGUCUUUCAAUGUCCACGAGACAUAGUUUUAAAACAAAGCACAAUGUGAACCUAUAAAUGUAUAGAUUUAUGAUGACAUGUUUAUGGUAUUGUGAAAUCUGUAAUUCGCUAAAUUAUAAUUUUGAGUGUGAUUAGAUGAAAACCCAUUGUUGCUUUAAAUAAAAAGUCGAGUUUAUGCCCGUAAAAUAAUUAUAGGAGAGCCGUAUGGUUCCUUGAAAACUGUACAAAUUUAUAUAGUUGUAUAUUAUAUUGUCAAAAGUAAUUUAAAUGUACAUGUCGUAUGUCCAAUGAAACCUUAAGUGAUAUAAUUAUAUUGAUAAACAUAAA